GGACUGCAUUUCCCGGCAGCGCCGGGCGCCGAGCGGCCAUGGCGGGCUGCGGCUGGGCCCGGGCCGUGCGGGGCUUGCUGCUCGAUGUCAGCGGGGUCCUCUACGACAGCGGCGCCGACGGCGGCGUCCCCAUCGCGGGCUCGGCCGAGGCCGUGCGCAGGAUCAAGGCCUCUGGGCUGAAGCUGCAGCUCUGCACCAACGAGACCCAAGCGACCCGGGAGAAUUUCGUGAGGAAGCUGCGGGCGCUGGGCUUCGACGUCUCGGUGGCCGAGGUGACGGCGCCGGCGCCGGCCGCCUGCCGCCUGCUGCGGGAGCGGGGCCUGAGGCCGCACCUGCUGGUGCACGACGAUCUUGUCCCUGAAUUUGCUGAGGUCGAUAAGACUAACCCAAACUGUGUGGUUCUUGGAGAUGCAGCAGAAAACUUCACCUAUGCAAACCUUAAUGAGGCUUUCCGGCUUCUGAUUGGGAUGGAGAAGCCUGUGUUGAUCUCCCUUGGAAAAGGACGCUACUAUAAAGAAACCGAUGGUCUGAAACUUGAUGUUGGAGCAUAUAUGAAGGCAUUAGAGUAUGCUUGUGAUGUCCAGGCUGAGGUGGUGGGGAAACCAGCAAAAACAUUUUUUGAGUCAGCCCUGGCAGAACUGGGAGUUCCACCAGAGCAGGCCAUCAUGAUCGGGGAUGACAUCGUGAAUGAUGUGGGGGGAGCCCAGCAGUGCGGGAUGAGAGCGCUGCAGGUGCGGACGGGCAAGUACAGGCAGGGGAUCCGAUGGAUUUAUGGAGGUGCAGUUGGAUGCUCUGAACCCUUGGGAGUUCAUGUGCGUGGCCCGUGGGAUGCUCUGGUUAUUUUCACUGUCACCACUUGGAGGCCGUGGGAGCCGGGGAUGCAGAUGGAGCUCAGGGGAGGCACAGGCCAAACAUCAGCUGGAGUCACUCAAAACCUUCUCCUUCCUCGGGGCUCUGCAGGCCGUCCGAUGAAAACCACCCCGAGGUGAAGCCGGAUGCCUCCGUGAACAACCUGGCCGAGGCCGUGGACAUCAUCCUGCAGCAGCAGUGAAUCCCAGCAGGAGCAGGGCUGAGCCCUCACAUGCAGCCCCUCCAUGGAGCCCUUCAUCCUCUCCUGCCUCCGCCUCACCUUGCUGAACCCAGCCCAGCCUUGUCCAGGGUGGUGGGCACCCGCCUUCCGAAACGCUUCACAUUAUGGUACUAAAAUGAUCUGCUGGCCUCUCAUCCACGGGAACACCAAACCUGCUGGCCUCUGGAAGUCUGGAAUGUCCUGUCCUUGGUGCCUGCGAGGGGCCUCAGCCUCCUCUGGGUGGUGCUGGGGUCUGUUCCCCCUUUUUGUCUUUGCUCCCACUGGGGACCCAGCCUGGAGGUGGGAAACGGGGAACCCGGGCACCCUCUCAUGAAUGGAUUUACCUGUUUAAGCCACAUGCCCUGUGCCUUUUGGGGUGCCUGGGAUGGGAUGGGGAUGUCCUUGGGGCUGAUGGAGGCCACCAAGCUCCAGGGUCCAGUGUGUGCCUCGAGUGGCACAAAACCCCUGGGGAGGGGGACAGCCCCACAUGCCCUGGCAAGGCAGGACCAUGGUUCUGCCAGGAUCAGCUCCUGGUUCUGCCAGGAUCUGCCCAUCUGGAGCAGCCCUGGGUGAGGGCACAGGAAUCCAGUAACACAUUAGGGAAUAACUGCACCAUCCUGUCAGGAAUAAACCCUGUCCUUUGGAUCUG